AGAGAGACCAACAAAAGAGGAAGGAAGGUUUAUUCACAAGACAACUGGGUAGAAGUGUAUAGCUGUGUUGAAAGGCACAACACUCAAAAUAACAAAGGCUUUUUAUAGUCUGCAACGACUGGCAACCAAUAUAAAACACAGUGAAGAGGAUGGUGGUCGUGACAUUCUUGUUCCUCUGCUUCUGGGCUGCAGGUGACCUCAGCCGUAUCCAGGUUACUCAGGAGCCAGACAGGCCCUCUCUGAAGGUGCAGCUCUCUCACACUGCCUCCCUGCGCUGCUGCUACUCAGUCACAGGGGGAGCCGUGGACACCACCUGGGUCACCAGCCCCCACAUGGUCAACGGCAUUCUUCAGGGAGUGGACUGUAGAGACAACCGUGUGACAGUGGAUGGGGGGAACCUGACGGCAGCAGGGGUCAUGUGUCACACACUCAUCCUGAGGGAGGUCCGUCUGAACGACACAGGGUUGUACCAGUGUUUCCUCAACCACAGCGCCCUGCGGCCCUCUGUAUACACCCACGGCACCUUCCUGCAUGUCUACAGGCCGAUGGUGAAGAUUCUGGACAUCAGUGAAAGCACCAAGAACAGCAUCCUGACUGCUGAGGGAAUGUUACUGAUGGUGGCAGUGCUUCUGCAUGGUACCAUGAUGCUCUGUAAGACGAAGAAACUCAAUCAACUGAAGAAGAAAAGGGUCAAAGAGGAAGAGGAGAAUAUCUAUGAGGGUCUAAAUCUGGAGGAAUGCUGCUCCACAUAUGAUCAGAUCCAGCGCUCUCUGGUCCAGGGCCCCUACCAAGACGUGGGAAACAUGAUUAUGGAGGAGGAGGAAAUCCAACUGGAGAAGCCUUGAAUGAGAGGGGGAAGGAAGGAGGGGGAUGAAGAGAGAGGGUGGGAGAAGCCUUGAAUGAGAGGGGGAAGGAAGGAGGGGGAUGAAGAGAGAGGGUGGGAGAAGCCUUGAAUGAGAGGGGGAAGGAAGGAGGGGGAUGAAGAGAGAGGGUGGGAGAAGCCUUGAAUGAGAGGGGGAAGGAAGGAGGGGGAUGAAGAGAGAGGGUGGGAGAAGCCUUGAAUGAGAGGGGGAUUUGAUAGGAAUUAGAUAGGAAUUUUCUUAACUGCCCCCCCCCCCCCUCCUUAUGUUUGAAUUUAUAGAGUUGAUCUGCGUUUUCCUUGCAGCCUUUGCUUAUAUUUGAAUCUAAUUUCUUAGUGGACCAAAAAGACAGUAACCUACAAUGUCAAAGGGCAUUUUGCUUUCAAUUUUGCCUUUCAUUACCAAUGCCGAUACCUAACAACUUUAUAUUCAUAAGAUAAUUUUUUUCUGCAUGUUUGCAUUUUCUAUGCUUUGUGUCUGCAUUGGCCAAAUGUUUUUUUUCUCUCUCCAAUCUCCAUAAUUCAAGGCCUGGAUUGUGCUUUGUAAAUAAAAUUAUAAAACUGA